ACAUCCGCCGAGAAACGCGCGAGAGUUGCCCGUGUACAAUACAGCACUCCUUUUGAGAUCUUUAGUAGAAUUUCAGCAGUUUUACACCCUCUAUUCCUGCUACGGUGGCGGCUAUGCGCCCGUGCUUCGAGGAAUUUUUUAAUCAGGCAUAUAUCUGGACGCCUAUGCUGUGCGCCAUAGAGGUAGGGGCACGGCUGGCGUUUCCUCGGCACGCGCCGCGGCGGGAAGGAGGCCCCCGAGAUGGCGAUGCUGGCGGAGCCCCGCAGAAAGCAGAAGUGGUCUGUGGAUCCACGAAACAGCGCUUGGAGUAAGGAUGACUCGAAGUUUGGUCAGAAGAUGCUGGAAAAGAUGGGCUGGUCCAAAGGAAAGGGUCUUGGAGCUCAGGAACAAGGAAAUACAGAACAUAUCAAGGUUCAGGUGAAAAACAAUAUGCUGGGGUUAGGAGCAACCGUCAAUCACGAGGACAACUGGAUUGCUCAUCAGGAUGACUUCAACCAGCUUCUGGCUGAACUGAACGAUUGCCACGGACAGGGUAAAACAGAGCCCCCAGCGAAUAAUCAGAAGAAGACCUUCAGUCUCGAAGAAAAAUCCAAAUCUUCCAAGAAACGUGUCCAUUAUAUGAAGUUUGCGAAAGGUAAAGAUCUCUCUUUGCGCAGUGAAGAUGAUCUGUCCUGCAUAUUUGGGAAGCGACAGAAGAGCAUGAAGACGCAGGAGGAUAUUACGGAUCCUAAAUCCCAGGAGGAGCAGAGAAGUCACUGCCUCUCUGAGCCUGCAGACGGUUACAAUACGGUGAAAAGCGUCCUCACCGUACAGGAAUAUUUUGCGAAGCGGAUGGCAAAACUGAAGGAAUCCCAGAAUGGAACAGAAACAGAGGUUGACAGUUCUAUCUCAACAGCUGGAGAAGCUCUGGAGCCUUCAGAAGAACUGAAAACCAAAGUCAAAAAGAAAAAGAAGAAGCAGAAGAGGGAUGAGGAGGAGAGUACAGAGCGUUGCGAGAAACCAAAAGCCAAACAAUCUGAGACAGGCAACUUGAAUGGGAAGGAACUGGAUGCUCUGUUAAAUGAAUGUCACUCAGGGAAGAAGAAAAGGAAACAUAAAGAGCAGCAUGAGAGCGAAAGCAUUAAUUGUGAUGAAAAUACAGGCAAUGGAGACAUUUCUACGGGAAUAUCUGAUGGGGAAGAUCUUGGCGUAAAGGACUCUGAAGCAAAGCAAAAGAAACGCCAUAAGAAGAAACACAAAAAGCAAAAAGAGGAGGCAGAUGAGCAGGUGGAAGGGGCGCAGAGAAAGAAAAAGAAGCACUGCAAGCAUGUUUAACCAGUUAAGAGUCAAGCUGGGACUCCGAGAUGAUUUAAACUUCAGCACGUUAGGGAGAAGUCUGUGUAAACACACCAGCCAGGUGCCAAGUUGGGUUUUAGUCCUGACCUUGCUCUACCCCUAGCUUAAACCACAGGCUGGGCUUAAAUACAAGGCUUAAUUUCAAGGGUGACAGGCCAACAUCAGCUUCAGUGGUCAAAAGUUCUUCGUACAGACUGAGUUUGUCUCAAUCCAGGGAGAAGGGGGAUAAAAAGUCACCCUAUUAUUGCCUUUAUUAUUAAAACCACCAUUGUUUUCACUUCCGAUAGCCCAGCUCCGCUUAUGGCAACCAGAGGGGUUUUGCAGAGCUGUAUGGAUUUUUUCACUGAUUUUUGCAAAGUCAUGUACAAUUUUUUCAUUUAUCUCCUUUUACCUAUAAAACAAAUGUUGUUUCUUACCAAAAGAGUGUAAUUAAGGGUUUACACCCAAGUGUCAGUGCUAAAGAAUGAAAUAAAAAACCUCCCUUUGUUUUCUA